AUGACCAAAGAAAAAGCCAACCGAAAUAUGGGAAGCGCGAAGGAGACGUUAUUCGCCGAUCCGCUGCAAGUCGGGCAUCACGUGAUCCUUGUACAGUACAGUAGUUGUAAGAGCGCUCAGAGCAGCUCCGAGCUCCACGCCACGGCGAAAUCUGUACUUGGCAUCACACAACUCCAUAGGACUCAGAUGAAGCGAAGAAAGCUCCAGCACGGCGACGACGUAUCCUCCAACCCUAACCACCAGAACGCUCACAAAUUCAUGUCGCCAGAACGCCCAACUACUGUCUCGGGACCCCAGAUCGCCUUUGCGUACAAGUACAGCUCGCAAACCGCCGACGGAGCAGCUCCCACGAGCUUUGCAACAACUAAAGACUUGAACGCCGUUCUGCCUACGGAAACAAAGCCAUCGAGUGUAGCGGCAUACACGCGAGCCCUCAACUCGAGUUUAGCCACGAUGAGGGAGGAUAUCAACUCGUUUUUAACGGUAGUAGUGGACGCGGAAAAGGCCGCUCAGAAUGGAUCGGUGGGAAAAGAUGAAGCGCAGCCGGAGGACGACGAGGAGUUUGCGAGCGAGGACGAUGACUGAGGAUGGGAUCCGGAUCCUCGCGGCAGAU